AUGUUGGAGUCAAAGGACUGUGUUUUGGUGGCUACCAGCCUUGUGCUGGCCGUCGGGACCAUCGUGUCUGUCUCGGUUCAGCUUGAGAGGCAGUACAACACCGCUGGCCGGUUAAACGCAAGUAAAUGUGAGUGCUUGAGUGGUGACCUCCCACAAGGCUGCAUACAGCUGACUUCAUACUUA